AUGACUAACGGUAGUGCAUGUGAUCAAAGGCCAAGACUGCUUGUGGUUGCUAACCGGCUUCCCGUUUCUGCAAAGAAAACCGGGGAAAAUUCUUGGUCUUUGAAAAUGAGUCCUGGUGGUUUAGUCAGUGGUCUUCUAGGUGUAACAUCUCAAUUUGAUACCAAAUGGGUUGGAUGGCCUGGAGUUGAUGUGAUUAAUGAAGUUGAGAAAGCUGCACUCUCUAAAUCGCUAACUGAAGUGAAUUGCAUCCCUGUGUUCCUUAAUGAAGUUUUUGAUCAAUACUACAAUGGUUAUUGCAAUGGUAUUUUGUGUCCAAUCCUUCAUCACAUGGGACUUCCAGAAGAAGAUCCUCAUGACACAACCAAAACUUUUGAAACACAAUAUGAUGCAUACAAGAAAGCAAACCGAAUGUUUCUUGAUGUCAUAGUUGAGAACUAUGAAGAAGGAGAUAUUGUUUGGUGCCAUGAUUAUCAUCUCAUGUUUCUUCCCAAAUUUCUCAAAGAAUACAACAACAAAAUCAAAGUUGGAUGGUUUCUCCAUUCACCAUUUCCUUCCUCAGAGGUCUACAAAACAUUGCCAUCGCGAUCAGAGCUUCUUCGUGCCAUACUUAGAGCUGAUCUACUUGGUUUCCACACAUAUGAUUUUGCAAGACAUUUCAUACGUACAUGCACUCGAAUUCUUGGAGUUGAAGCAACACAUGAAGGAGUUGUGGAUCAAGGCAGAGUCACUCGAGUAGCUGUUUUCCCCAUUGGAAUAGAUCCGGAUCGGUUUAUAAGAACAUGUAAGCUCCCUGAAGCCACACAGCAAAUUAAUGAGCUUAAAGAGAGGUUUGCUGGCAAAAAGGUGAUAUUAGGUGUUGAUCGUCUUGACCCGAUCAAAGGGAUUCCACAAAAGUAUCUUGCAUUUGAGAAAUUUCUUGAAGAAAAUCCGAAUUGGCGCCAUAAAGUAGUGCUAGUGCAAAUUGCUGUGCCAACAAGAAAUGAUGUCCCUGAAUACCGAAAGCUCAAAGACCAAGUUCAUGGACUAGUGGGACGCAUCAAUGGACGAUUUGGUUCUGUCUCUUCUCUUCCAAUUCAUCAUCUGGAUUGUUCUGUUGACUUCAGUUACUUGUGUGCACUGUACGCGAUUGCUGAUGUAAUGCUUGUAACAUCAUUGAGAGAUGGAAUGAACCUUGUUAGUUAUGAAUUUGUUGCUUGUCAAGAGGCCAAAAAAGGAGUUCUUGUUCUCAGUGAGUUUGCAGGUGCUGGACAGUCUCUUGGUGCUGGAGCUCUUCUUGUGAACCCUUGCGAUGUUACAGAAGUUUCUUCUGCCAUUAAAGAAGCCUUAAUUAUGCCAGCUGAUGAAAGGGAAAAAAGAUAUAGAGUAAACUUUCAGUAUGUGUAUAUUCAUUCUGCUAAAAAAUGGGGAGAUGAUUUCAUGAGUGUACUCAAUGACACUACCCCUGAAUCUGAGAUGCAACUUAGGAAAAUACCACAUGAACUUCCACAACAAGAUAUGAUUCAACAAUAUUCGCAGUCUAACAAUAGAUUGAUAAUCUUGGGUUUCUAUGGAACACUCACUGCGCCAAUGAGUAGUCAAACUAAGGAAAUGGAUCUUAAACUAAACUCAGAGCUAAAAGGAACACUGAGAGCAUUAUGCAAUGAUCCCAAAACAACAGUAGUUGUAUUGAGUAGAAGUGGAAGAGACAUAUUAGACAAGAAUUUUGGAAAGUAUAACAUGUGGCUGGCUGCGGAAAAUGGAAGGUUCCUAAAGCAUUCUAAUGGAGAAUGGGUAACAAAUAUGCCUCAAAACAUGAACCUCGAUUGGGUUGAUGGUGCCAGGAAUGUUUUUCAGUACUUCACUGAUCGGACUCCAAGAUCGUUCUUUAAAGCAAGCGGGACUUCGCUUGUAUGGAAUUACGAACACGCAGAUGUUGAAUUCGGGAGAGCACAAGCAAGAGACAUGUUACAAUACUUAUGGGGAGGACCAAUCUCUAAUGCACCAGUUGAUGUUGUUCGAGGAAACCAUUCUGUUGAAGUCCAUGCCAUUGGUGAGACUAAGGGGACAGAAAUUGGUCGUGUUUUGGGAGAAAUCGUGCAUAGGAAAUCUAUGACUACACCGUUUGAUUUUGUCUUUUGCAGUGGUUACUUCUUGGAGAAGGACGAAGACAUUUACACAUUCUUUGAAUCAGAAAUCUUGUCGCCCAAGUUAUCUCAUGAAAUUAGGUCCAAGUCUCCAUCAAGUAAUCAUUCCCUAAAGAAGAAAAGGAAGGUUUCGUUGAACGUUCUUGACCUCAAGAAAGAGAAUUACUUCUCUGCAGCUAUUGGACAAACUCGUACAAAAGCUCGCUACGUCAUUCACUCAUCUCACGAUGUAGUAGAUUUGCUCCACAAGCUUGCAGUUGCAGUUCCAACGACAAGAUUGACAGACUCAUUUGGAGACACUAACAACACAAGUUCAAAAAGCUGGAUCAAUUCUGUCGAAAGAAAGGAAUUGGUGAAUGGAGACACUGGACAAAUCGACAUGUAACAAAAGUUCCAGGUCUUGGACUUAAACCAUUUG